UGCGCAGUUUCCCCUCAGCCAUGGCGGAGGAGCCGGGAGUGUUCGUGCGGGAGCUGGAGCGCCGGGACGGGGCGGUGCUGGGGAUCCGGCAGCUGAGCUCCGGGGAUGUGGGCUGCGUGGUGUGGGACGCGGCCAUCGUCCUGUCCAAAUUCCUGGAGCGGCGGGAACGUGCGGAGCCGGGGCUGUUCACCGGAAGAGCUGCGGUGGAGCUGGGCGCCGGCACCGGCAUCGUGGGCAUAAUGGCAGCCACCCUCGGAGCCAACGUCACGGUGACCGACCUCGAAGAUUUGCAAGAUCUGAUGAAAAUGAACAUAGAAAACAACGUGGCGCUCAUCACCGGGUCUUGCCAAGCGAAGGUAUUAAAAUGGGGCGCGGAGGGUACGGAUUUCUCUCCUCCCGACUACAUCCUGAUGGCGGACUGCAUUUACUAUGAAGAGUCCUUGAAGCCUUUACUGAAGACCCUGAGGGACCUGGCGAGCAGCGAGACCUGUGUCUUCUGCUGUUACGAGGAGAGGAGCACCGGGAAGAAUCCGCAAAUAGAACGGACAUUUUUUGAGCUGCUGAAACUAGACUUUGACUAUGAGGAAGUUCCCAUUGACAAACAUGACGAGGAGUAUCGGAGCGAGGACAUCCAUAUUCUGCAAAUCUACAAGAAGAAAUGACUUUGUAAAAAUGUAUAAAACGGGGCAGGAAUGGCAUCACGUCUGGCACUUAUCCGCAAUAAGAAGAUGGCAGAGGAGACAUUGGGUGGAUGAGAAGACGAUGUAUCGUCACCGUUUAUCGACUGUUCUUACAUCCCUCCGAGGAGUCGUCCUGGGGGGUGCAGGCCACAGUAUGGCCGUCCUUGUACCCUAAGCAGUACCGCACAGCGGCCUCGAGGCCUCCCAUCAUCUACAGGUGGAUCCAGGGAUCUGAAGUGGGAAGUCUACAGACUGUCAGAUAAAGGGUCACACGAUGUCCCCUGGUCUAGUGACUAUACAGAAGCAGCUCAACCGCCGGGGUCUGCACGUGGUCUGUAUGUGCCCGGCGCGCCACGUGUAGUGGAUUGUACUUGGGAAAUAAACACUGUACAUAGAUA